AUGAGAUCCGGGAACACGAGAUACUCGAUAGACAGGAUCAUUCGAGAUCAACCGGACAAACUGUCAAAAUCACGAGUGAUAUCCAAAUGGAAAUGGAAAAAGCGAGCUGAUACUGGGACGUACGGGGAGUGGAAACUGCAAAGGAGUCUAAAAGGCCUAAGGCCACAGGCCAACGCCGGGACAUGGCCUGGCCGCCCCCGCAGUGGCCUUGCGGGGGCGAAGAAGCAUGGCCUUACAGACGUGUGGGAGAAGUUCGUUACCAAAGGUGUUUGUUGGGGAUGUGGAGGUGACUGGGGCUAUACCGGGGGGCUGAAGGUGGACAUUGACAGUUCGGAGUAUACGGGUUAUAGGUACUGCUACAAUAGGCCGGGGUACCGGCAGAGAGCGCGGUCAUGCGAAGAUGCCCGGUUCAUACAUAUCAACUUUGUGCUGCUUGCCGAGGUGAAGCAUUUCGAAAAGGAUCUUCAAUCAGAGAUCGAGACACACCGCGAUGUGUACGCGUCGCUCACGGGGACAGGCCGCCGGCUGCUCGGCUCCCUGUCCUCACAGGAGGAUGCCGUCAUGCUGCAGAGGAGGCUCGAUGAGAUGAACCAGCGGUGGCAUCAUCUCAAAGCCAAGAGCAUGGCCAUCAGAAACCGGCUGGAGAGUAAUGCUGAGCACUGGUCAGCAUUGCUGCUGUCACUGAGAGAGCUCACUGAGUGGGUGAUCAGGAAGGAGACAGAGCUGAACGCCCUCGCACCUCCCCGGGGUGACCUGCCGGCACUGCUCAAACAACAGGAUGACCACCGCGCGUUUAGGAGACAGCUCGAAGACAAACGGCCAGUCGUCGAGAGCAAUCUCCUGAGUGGCAGACAAUACAUCGCGAAUGAGCCUCCGCUGUCAGACACGAGCGACACUGAGGUUCGGUAA